AUGGGUGUCGCAGUUGCCGCCUUUGUUGGGUUGACGUAUGAUUGGGCACUUACAUUUGGACAAGAGAUUGAACUCAUCUGGAGGCAACGCUGGUCCCUAAUGACAGUAUUGUAUCUCGGUGUGCGCUACCUUGGAAUGUUAUACGUUACCCUGGAUAUGCUUGACGAUGCCCCAAUCAUCUCGCUGACAGAUACGUGCGGGAUUUCCUCUAUGGGCGAUAUCGUCCUUGUGACUUCUGUUACUUGGAUACUCAGCACUGUGUGGGAGGUCCUUGCACUGUGUCUCGCAGUCUGGAUUGCGGUCAAACACUUCCGUGAACUGCGGCAACAUCCAGCAGGAGGAAUUAUCGGGGACUGUUUCACAGUGUUGAUGAAAACUCACGUGGUUUACUUUGUGAGUUUUAUUGCUGUGUCUUGCUUCCAUCUCAUACUUCAGUUCACUCCAACGUUCUUAUCGAACGAUACCCUGGUCGCUCUGAUUAUUUCUGGGUUUCUUCAGAUUUUAGAGGUCGUGCAGAUGUUUGUGCUGGGACCACGCCUGAUCCUUAGCAUUCGAGAGUAUAGCGCUAGGCUCGUAGUUGGCUCCGACGCAGCAACUGCUAUGACCUCGAUUGCUUUCCAGGAGCGCGUGCAUAUAUCAACUGGCAGUAGUCUGUGA